AUGGAUCGAGAGCCAGCCCCAUGCGACGACAUCCGUCACAAGGGCUACCUGUGCUUCGGGAAUCACAAGCCAGGCAAGAUGAGGACCAACCAGUAUGCAAGUUGGAUGGCCUGCUCUCGAUGCGCUCUCCGUCUGACAUACACCAGCAAGGGGAACGCGCAUGGACAAGAUCGGCAGAGCUGUCCAGAGCUGCAUCUUCUGCGGGCAACCAUGGAGGAGUUGGAAAUGAAUGUGCCGGCAGAUGCUUGCACCGAAGCGAUUGUGCAGGGAAAACUGAUGGAGCUCAAGGGCAAGAUGGUGCAAGCUGGCCUGACCAACAGUCGGGCGAUCCACAUGACCUAUGCCGAGUACCUGGACAGGCUGAAGAAGGCCGGAUAUGUUCCAUCGAUGGGACAGACAAGUCAAGACACUUUGCCCACGACAGCCUUGUCCAAGGCACCUCCAAUAGCUCCACCGAUGGAAAUGGGCAGCCAGCCGGAUGCAGCCAUGACCAAUCUGGCUGCGGAGAACGAAGAGCUGCGCGAGAGAUUGAGGAUGGCCGAGGGUGCAACGGCCGAAGCUAUGAACAGGGCGGAGAUCCUUGCAGCAGAGAGCAUCAAGCAGAAGGAAGUUGCAGCCAACCAGACUGCAGAGAUGGAGAACCUGCGCAAGAUGGCACUCCAGAAAGACUCCAAGAACAAGCCGAUGGGAAGCCACGGAGAAGAGAACCAGGGCCGAAGCGGCCUCCAAGUGAUCAAUGGGCUGUGGAGCCGCCUCAAGCAAUUGCGGCAAAGUAUGGUCCCCGACUUGGGACACACGACAUGUGACACCACGAAUGACACCACGACUUCAGCUGGAUUGGGGCUUGCACAAGGCUCCCAAGUGCUGGAGACAUCGACCCAGCUUGACAACGAGUUUCAAUGUCAGAAUUCGAUCAAGGCAGCCGACAAGACGCAGUCCAAGAAGAACAUUGUGUUUCCCAGCUUAGCAAAGAAGCUGGCUACUGGCGUUGCUGUCCUUGCAGCAUCUGAUUCUUCUUUGACAACAGCGAUGGAGAACAUGGGCUAUGUUUGCAAGCGUGUGAACUACAAGAAUGGCUAUGAUCUUAGUUCCAAACGAGGAACCAACAUGUUGCAGAUGGACUUCAAACUGCAUCCGCCUCGGUUUUCCUGGGUUUCUCUUCCUUGCACGAGGUUGUCACCCCUCCAGAACCUUACAGAGCGUAGUGAACUGGAGCGGAGCAAUGUUGAAAAGAAAGUUGGUUGUGAUUUGAAAAGUGCAGAGGAGGUUGCGGAUGCCAUUUCACAUGGACUUGAUGCAAGGCCAGAAGCUGACUUUGCAUGGGAGUGGCCAACCCGGGCGGCUAGAGGAUGGAAGUCUCGAGCCAUUCAGAAACUGCUUGCAAAGAUGGAGAAGAUUGGUAGACCGGUUUUUUGGUGCAGGUUUCACGGAUGUGCAUAUGGUUUGGCAUACAAGGGCAUACCAAUGUUGAAAAGUUGGACCGUUUUGACCUCGAAUCGACGACUCUGGCUAUCUCUACAACGAAAAUGCCCAGGACACACAGAACAUUGCGAAUGCAGAGGUGUAGCUGCUCAGGCUUCUGCAGAUUAUCCUUUGCAAAUGGUUCGUGAUGUCACCAAGGCAAUUUCUCAUGGAUGGCAAGACAUAGAAGCAAACCAAGGUUUUUCACUUGCCCAAGACAUUGAGCAGUACCUCUUGAACAAUCCUUCGAAGAUCUAUGGCGACCAGGAACCAGAGCUCUAUGUCUAUGAGAGUGAGGUCAGAAAGCAGUUGCGGGAAAUGUCCCCCAAAGUUUUUGCCCUUAGCAGAACCACGUUUCCAAAAGAACCACCAACAGGCCGCAAGUUGGAACUGAUCAAACAGCAGAUGCUGCGGGCGGGUGCAUCGCGCUUCAGGCCAUUCGUCCUUUGGCAAUUUGCAGCGGUUGCUGAGGGCGAGAGUCCCAUUUGGAUCAUCAGCGACUCUGGUGUCCAAUAUACAGCUCAAGAGUUCCAAGACUUUUGCAUGAGCAGUGGCAUUGGGCUGUUGACAGCUCCUGCGGAAGCUCACUGGUUGAUGAGUGCAGAGGAAGGGGCAAUCAGAAUUUUGAAGAAUGCUGUGGCACGUCUUCUUCGAGAAGAACCUUCCCUCACCGUGGCCAAUGCCUUUGCCCUUGCUGCUCAUGGCAGCAACCACACCAUUGGGCCUUCUGGUCUUGACCCAAAGAAAGCUUUUGGCGGCCUCCUACGUUUGAAGGAGAAAGCAAGGAUAGCUUUUGAACAAGAACAUGCCAAAUACAAGCUUUCGAAGCUGAACAAUGCUUUGGGUCGCUCACCAACUGCCUACAAAGUUGGUGCUCUUGUGAUGUUGUGGCGUCAGCGGAUGAGACCCGGAAAGACAUCUGGACAUUGGCAAGGUCCUGUGCGAAUUCUACUACAAGAGGGUAGCACGUUGUGGCUUGGAAGUGGAUCAACCCUGAUCCGUGCCAAAACCAAUCAAUGCAGAGAAUGCACAAAACGUGAAGAACUUAAGACCACUUUGGAUGGAGUUGCAGUACUUCAACAACCAGUCACCCUGGAGACAUUGCUCAGGCACCAGACAGCCGUCGUGGACUUCGUUCUCCUGGCCCACGUCCUGAGCCGAAAGCCAAGACUAGAGCGAAGAGCAAAGCCUAAGAACCAUCUCUGCCGUCAUCUUCUACGGCAGCUGGACGUGGACAAUCUCAACAACAAGAAGAUGCUCAGCGGUCACUCUGGACCUCAUACAGAUGAGGUCGGCAAGACUUUUUCCUGGACAAUUGAUGGUGGACGGAUUGACCUUGAAGGAGAUCAGUCCGACGAUGAUGGACCAUCAUCUACCAGUUCCAAUUCUUCCUCAUCUUCUGAGGAGCUGAGGCCUGAUGGCCCCGAUGCACAGUCAGCCCCUAUGGAAGAUUCUACCAAGAAGCGCAAGGCUCCUGAUGAUGAAGCCAUGUAUGUGCUUGAGAUCGACGUUGACGAGUGCACUUCGCAGUAUCUGCGGAAUCAUCCCAGAAAGGCAGCAAUUUGGUUGUCCAAACGGAUGCAAGAGAAAGGACGUGAACAUCUAUGGCAACAACUUCCCAUUGAGCGCAAGAAGGAGUUUGACCUUGCACGGGCGAAGGAACUUUCAAACAUCCUUCAGUCCAAAGCUUUGAGGUCGUUAUCUGAUUCUGAGUGGAACAACCUGGAUCGCCGCAAAUUUCUUCAGAUGCGAUGGGUUUUGACCACCAAGUCACACGCUUCUGCGAAAGCGCGAUUGGUGAUUUUGGGCUACCAGCAGCACAACCUCACUGAAGUGCGAGCUGCUGCUCCUACAAUGAGUCGCCUCAGUCGCAAUAUGCUUUUGACUGUUUGCGCCAACAAAGGUUUUAGGCUACGUUCUGGAGAUGUCACUAGUGCUUUUCGACAAUCCAACAAGUCCCUUGAAGAAGAAGACCUUGUUGUUUGUGUCACUCCGGAAGUGGCUGUUUUGUAUGGAGCACCUCCUGAACGUCCAUGCCUCCCUUUGAAGGUGGUGAAGCCAUUUUAUGGAUUGGUGCACUCACCUCGUGCGUGGUAUGAAGAUGUGGCAUCAACUUUGACCAAGACCAAGUGGAGAAUGUUGCUUUCAGAUAGAUGUUCGUUCACAUUGUAUGACGAGGAGACGAACCCUGAUCAUCCAGAGCUCAUUGGCAUUGCUGGCGUUCAUGCGGAUGACUUCCUCGUUGGAGGACAAGAAGAUCAUCCGAAGUUCCAAGAAGCCAUGGCUCACUUGGAGAAGGCCUAUAAGUGGGGAAAAUGGGAACUCGAUUCCUUCUCCUAUGCUGGAUGUCAAUGGAAGCAGACGCAAGAUGGGACCAUCUAUCUUGACCAGACUGAGUACACCUCAAAGUGGAUUGAGGAGAUUCCAAUUUCUUCAGAAAGAGUUGCUCAGGUCAAGGACAUGGCAACACCGUCAGAGGUGGCCCAACUGCGUGGUGCGAUUGGCACUAUGGCUUGGAUGUCAAGCCAAACUGGACCUCACUAUCAGGCAGAUGUUGGUUUGCUACUUUCAGAAGUUCCUUCUGCAACAGUAGGCACUUUGCUGAAGGCCAACAAGCUGGUCAGAGAAGCAAAACGCAGUCCUCAGUCAUUGAUGUUUCCAAGUUGGCGAGUUCCAUGGACUGAGCUGGCAGUCAUUGUUUGGGCGGACGCUUCCAACUCAAAUCGUCCAGACAGAAGCUCAACUCUGGGAAUCCUUGCCGGAUGUGCUCCUGCUGGAAUACCCAAUGGUGAAAAGCAUGCAAUUUCACUUUUGCAAUGGCGGUCGAGCAAGAUGCCACGUCAAUGCUUAGGCUCCAAUGGAGCAGAGGUGCAGUCGAUCACUGGGGGUGAAGACCUUCGUUUUCGUUUGCGUGCGUUGCUAGCAGAAGUACAUGGUGAGAAGCUCAACCGACAGAAUCUGUCUCCUGUUGUGCGCAAGAAGACGCAAGGUGCUCUGGUGAUGGAUUCAAAAGGAGUUUAUGAUGCAAUGACUAGGAAUGUUUCAGCUUUGCAUGGCCUGAAAAGCGGACGUGCUGGAUAUGAACUGACAGUUUCCGUCAGUCAGUCAUUGGAAGUGAACACCCAGUUGCGUUGGGUAUGUGGAAUUUCCCAACUUGCUGACGUCCUCACCAAGGGCGGUGCUGCGAGAAACAUGUUCAUGCGUUUCCUGACUGAAGGCCAGAGGUGGCAACUUGUUCAUGAUCCAGAGUUCACUGUCGGAAAGAAAGUGAAGAAACGUGCCCUAGAAGAGAAGCUUCGAUCGAUGGAACAGAACUUCCUAGCCGCAUCGGAACGUGCUGCACAGUUGUUUAGAUGGCCGUUCCGUAGUGCACAAGACCCUGUUGAGUUCAGGAUUAUGAGGGAUGAACUGACCGAGCAGUCAUGGAUGAAAGCAUACCCCAAUCACAUGCCAUUACCAAUAGAUCCUGACAGGUGA